UCUUUGUUUUGUGCUGAAUGGUUUGACAGAGGUGUCUGGUCGGUGUCUGAUCUGAUGGAUACGGAGGGAAAUUUAUUAGAUUAUGAGCAAUUUUGUUUAAAACAUAACUUUAAUCCUCCUAUUUCAGAAUUCUUAAAAGUACGUGUGGCCAGGUGGAGAAGGUGUAGGUACAGGGUUGUGCCACUAGAGGGCGCUUCCUGGGUUUUCGGUGAACAGUUCAGUGAGGAGGUGGUGAGCUCUGGGGACCGUUAUUUGACGGUUGUUUGAUGGUUGUUUUGAUCUGCGGAUCCAAGGCUGUUGAAACCCGGUGUGGGUACCGGAUGUUCUCGGGUUGCCGGCGAUGCGUGAACGUCAACCAUGAUAGAGCCUUUUGGAGCUACAGCAGCGAGACGGAGACCAAUAGAAAGAAAAACAUGGCUGUGGUUUUCUGCGGGACUGUUCUCCGUCAUUUUGAAGAUGUUCUUCUUGACUGCAUCUCAUCUAGAGACGAAACACGUUGAAGCUGUCCAGGCUGGAGAUGUGGUUGUGAUGCUUGGAUCCUCCGCCGUCUUACCCUGCCACAUAAUCACAAAUGAUCGUCUUUCCCAGAUCACAUGGCAGAGAACGAUCAAAGGAAAAGCUCCAGAUGAUGUUUUCGUGACAAUUCAGCCCACGAAUGGACUCAAGUAUAGAAAUGGACAGGAUUUAAGAUUUGAAUCAAUAGGGAAUUUCAAUGAUAAAAACGGAACUCUGAAGUUUUCUAAUGUGACACUGAAGGAUGAAGGAAGCUACACAUGCAUCUUCAGCUUGUUCCCCAGUGGAACACAAAGCAGAAAUUCACAACUUGUAAUACUUGUGCCCCCAAUCACAAAUCUGAUGGAUUAUACACCCUUAGAGGGAAAUGAGGAGGUUCCACUUGCAACCUGCACAGCUGCUGCUUCCAAACCUAAGGCAGAGGUGAGAUGGAUCAAAGGUUCUUUGGAAGGAAAAGUUCGAGAAGAACUUAAUGAAACUCAGCAUGCUAAUGGUACGACCACCACAUGGAGUACUCUGCUUGGAAAACCUGGGAGAGAGAUGAAUGGUCAGUUGGUGAAGUGUGUCAUCUCAAGUGAGGCAACUAAAGAAGAAAUCUUGGAAACCAACAUCCAGGUCCACUACCCGCCUGGGAAAGUCAACAUUGUUAAACGAUCCGAAGUCUCAUUUGAGUGUGAAACUGAGGCAAAUCCAAAAGCAACUGUUAUCUGGACAAGGUCUGGCCAGCCUCUGCCUCCAUCAGUUGAAGUUGAGAGGGCAACGCUGCAGUUUUUAAGCCAGAGCAAUGAUGUGUCCGGCCUUUAUCAGUGUGAGACCACAAAUCCAUACGGAAGCAAACGGGCAUAUAAGUUUGUGCAUUUCUCUUCAGGAAAUUGCACAAAUCCCAUCAUCAUUGCUGUCUUCAGCACUCUGCUGAUUCUCCUUAUUCUCGCGAUUAUAGGGGUGUAUUGUCAAAGAACUGGAAAACUUCAAAGGUUUUCCGAUCUUUGCGGUGAGAUGAGGCAAGUUUGGAGACAAGAUCCUCCAGCAGCAGAGACUGCGGAAGGAGCGGAAGUAAGGCCCUUGCAAACCAGGUCGUCAUCUGGACAGCAAGAAGAAAAGAUGGACAGCUUUCCAUCUGAGUCACUGAAUAAAGUCUUUUUUGUCCCACUGCAGCAAGUCCUGCUGAAGCCGUGGCAGAAGGAUCCUCCGGCCUUUGAUGUCCAUCAGGUGCAAAUGUGGAAUUUGGUUUUAAACUGUAGAGAGACACUAAAGUUACAUUUGUGUCUGUCCUCAUGGACGCACAAUACGAUCAGAGAGAAACAAGACGCUUCAGAAGCAGCUUUUACUCUGAAGGACAUUGACAGGAGCUGAUAAAGCAAAGAGCAGAGGAGUCAAGGAGAGAGGAGGAUCUGACAGUGUUUUCAGUGAAAAUGGAGUCUGGGGUAAACAAUCUUUGACUUCACACCUACAGAAAAGUUACACAGCAUUAAAAUAACAAAACUGGAUCUCUAAAACAUUUUUAGAAUCAGUUUUAUACUUGAUAAACAUAUUUUGUAAAAUUGAUUCAUUGUAUGUGCCUCAUCCACUCUGAACUGACGAUUCUUCCCAACAUAGUUGAAUCUUAUUGCCUCAAAGCUUUUGCUAAAAGAAGCUGCAAUAUUUUGAGAGAAAUCCAGCAUUCCACUGAAGUCUGUGAAAGAUUAGCUUCAAAGUUUUUUUUUCUUGUCUACCUCUCUCAGAGUGCCACUAUCUAUUUUAAACCUAAUUUUCGAAUUGUUAAUAUUAUUAAUAAGAGUGCAAUUAAGAAAAGGUUGGGUUGCUGCAAUAUUUAUAUUUUAUUUAUUUUUAUUUUAUAUUUGUAUUUUCUCUCUGCUCCCUCGUUUACAGUGGUUGACAAAAUUGUUAGUAGCCCUCAUUUAAAGAAAGAAAGUCCACAAUACUCAAUGAAAUGACUUGAAACGUUCAAAAGUAACCAUAGGUUAAAAUUUAUUGAAAAUUAAAUUAUUAAAUAUCAGCCAUUACUUUUGAGUUGUUGAUUAACAGUAUUAUUAAAAAAAUAAUGAAAUAGAGUUGGACAAAAAUGAUGGGACCUCAAUAAAAGACUGAGAACUAAUUGCCCAGGGGGUCAUGAUGAACUCAGGUAUGUCCUUUAAGUGACAUCACAACUUUUUUCAAACCCAAAAACAGUCGGUCUGCCAAUUUAAAGGGAGACAAAUAGUCACUUUGCUGGUGCCUGGGAUAGCACAAUGGUCACACAGAUUUUGUGCUAUAAUAAAAUCAAAUAAAAGUAAUUUUUGUUACACUUUUGUAGUUGUAACAGAGUGUACUCUUAUAAAUAAUUUAGUCUAUUUUAUUUCUGUUUUCUUAAUGAAUUUUUGUCAUGUGUAACUUUUCUUCUGUUUCUUUUGUGUUGUUCCUGUGCAAACAAAAAUAAUAAAUGGUGCCAUCUUGUGGAUUUCUGGAGUAAGACGUUUUAAAGAGAACAAAGAAUAAUCUGAAGACAGAAGUGAAUUAAAAUGCAGUAUUUUAUUUUUCAGUAUGAUGAAUUAAAGAAGGUUAAACCAGCA